AAUCGAAACCUUGACUCAGGCUAAGUAGAUUGUUUCUAUGUGAACAAUUCAUGCUUUCUAGUACGAUUCUUCUCCAGGACAAUGGUCAAACCCUGUUGACGUCUGAAGGUUCAACAUGUUACUUACGAGUGUUCUCUAUUGGCCUCGUGCAGCUCACUGUUGACUAGUAUCCAUCUCAAUGAAACGACCACCCUAGGCAAACGCUCCUUUUCCCUCCCAACUUGUGCGUGAGUAUUCAAAUCGAAAGCACCUCGCCCUAAUAGUACCUAUGAUAGGCACCCGCAAAGGUACCGUACCUUUCAAACAGUGCUCUAGGCGACGAAUCGCGCCCAAUAGAUGUCAAGUUUAACUGCCAAUUCCAUCCAACUGGAAUGUGCCAGCGCACCGUCCUCCACUCAAUCUCCUAACAGCCGAAUAUGUGUAUGCUAAAGCCCCUCAUAUUCUCCAUUUGUCGGGUGCAUAGCUGUCUUUGGUGUAAUUGGCAAUGAGACUCUCUAUUGCUGCGAGCUUUGCAAACAUUGGCACACGAUCUGUGAACGUGCCCAGGGCGUUUUUUUUGUGCACCUUAAGUCAUGCAGUAUCAACUUGUAAAACAAACGCUUAUUGUCCCGUCGCGGAGGUAGGUCUUUCCCGUGAAAGGUACUCUUGAUCUACAGUCAGAAGGGGCGGGCUUACAUUAUCCCUUCAGCGUACGGAAAGAGUGUGUCGCCGAGACUAUCUUGUUUUCAGCCAUUUCGCUGUUGCAUGGAACGUCGAGGCCUGUCGAUGGCCAGGGACUCUUCGCCGCUACAGGGCGCAAGGGCAUCAAGGGUGUCCUUAUUCCUUAAAAUGAAUAGCGCGGAGGUAGGUAUAAAUAGUGGUCUGAACUCUAGCAAGCUCUCUAUCUUCGAGCAAAUCACUCAAUCGACCAGCUUUCUCUCCACAAUCACCGACCUCCAUACAAUGUGUCUCGAAGGCAACAGUGCACCUCUCUCUAUCCGCUACCUCAAUGCGCAACUUACGUCUCUAUGGGAGAAUGCUGUUCAAUGUUCCAAGGACUCUAGUACCAACGCGUAUGAUGUCAAGUCUCAGGCAUAUGAGAAAUCCAAGUACACUCGCGCUCUUGGGCAAUUCCAAUACUUUGGCAAUAAGGCUCCGAAGGUUGUUCGCUCUACGGAAGACCUUCUCUUUUACGCUACCUUCGGCAAACCCGAGGUCAAAUUCAUCUGUAACCAUGAGGCCGUUCUUUUCUUGACGAUCAAGGAAGGCCACGCCAACCUAGACUUUGGCAAGGCUACCUUGCCCGGCGGUAAGGUCGACCGGACCAAAAAUAAGCUGGUGAAGAAUGUUCAAGUGGCCUAUCGGGUAGAAUUCUCCCGCAGCAACAUCAAGGGGCGAGACUCGAAGGUCGGCAAUACUGCCUCCACUCAUUUCAUCCAAAUGUUGAUCUUGAAUCUCGAAAAGGGAAGGCUCGUCACCCUGAAAGGUGAGAAGGACAAAACACUCCCCGCAGACACCAAAGAUGCUCUCGGAUUUUACCUACGCAAGUAUCUCGACUUCCUCACGCGUUCUGGGAACCAUGUCCUCUUCGAUCUCCCCGACUUCGACGAUGAUAAGUUUAAGGCAAAGAUCGACUAUGCUACACACAAAGACACGACCAUGGAUCUCCAGGCUUUGUGCCAUGGCGUUACGGUGCAAGAGAUCGAUGUACAGCAAGUCAACGAUGCUCUGUACUUCCGAUGGCAAAACGCUGCUCGCAGGGCCGAGAGACCCGCUGACUUCCUUUCACUCUGUCUCGCCCAGAUGAGCAGUGCAUGGUUGAUCAAUUCCGUUGUCGACCACCACUUUUUCAUCAGGUUUGGUGUGCCCAAAGUCCAAGCCUUGUGUAGCCGUGAGGUGAUCUUGACCUUCGACAUCCACAACAUCGCCUUCUUCAAGACUAGUGAUUUUGAAAGUGAGGGACCUGAGGCUUUAUAUGCUGACUGGACGAUCUCAUUUAUCGUCGGUGUCGUCCGGGACAAAGGAUCGAAGCACAUUACCCUUGAUCUCAAUUCUGCUCGUUACGCCAGUCGCUUCUCCUCGUACAAGAAGGUGGACACUAUCGUCGUCAAAUAUUUCGAAGACAUCGUCAAAUUCCUUACCGUCGAUUACCUCGAUAUCCUCGUGCAAUACUCUGUACACAUUGUCCAAAUCGGAUUGGAGGUGUUCCUCCCUGGCGGCCCAGAGCCGUCCUCAGACUCUGGCAAUACCACCUGGAGCGAAACCGAUAACGAGGAUGACCAACCCGGCCGGCCUCACGGUGAAGUCGUUGUCUGGACGCAACGCAUCGAAAGCAUGCAUCUUUUUGGUUUCGACCAGAUUUUAGCUCUGUCUCAGGUUUCAAUCAAUUCACUGUUCUUCAGUCUUCACAAAAAGGCCCAACGUUGGACCGAAGGCUUUGAUGAAUGCUUGGCUCACUGGUCUUUGGAUUCAUUCUCUGCUGACUUCGACGCGAUCUCCGUUCGCUUGCUAUCCAAUGGCAAGGCUGUCAUUUUUAUUUCCAUUAACGCUGGUGAAUUGGCCGUUAGAAAAGAGACGGAAAAGUCCAAUUUCUGGACUUGGGUUGGAUGGUCCAAGCCAACCAGCAAGGAGUCUAUUGAGAUGUUCAGCUUUGACCACGUAACGGUUGCGUUUGAGGUUGAUCUCGAAAUGAAGCAACAUCACGAGCUCGCUGUUGGCGACGCUUGGUACGAGACUUUCAAUAAUACGUUCAUCUACAAGUACCGCCGUGUCGAAGAACACGUCUUCAAGCACCUGCUUCUGAACUUCCGAAACCCCAAGUACCUUGACGAGUUGUCAAACGUUGCUGCUCUCGGUAAAGGCCGUGACAGCCCAACUAGACUAGACACCCUCCUUCACUAUCUGAAGGACUACCUUCUGGAUCUCUCCGAUGGUGGCCACAAUAUUAUUUACUCCAUUCCGGUCUUUACCAAUCGUGAUGACAAAACUUUCGGCUACACCAGUGUCGCCCACAAGAUCGUCACCAAAUCCACUGUCACUAUUGGCAACUGCGGUUCGCUUCAUGAGAAGGACGCGCCAAUCAUUCUUAUCCUCGGUGUGUGCAACUUCCGUCCUAUGCCUCCUCUGGUCGUCGAGUGGUUCCCUGGCUGGAUCAUCGAGAACAAGCGCAGCAAGUCUCACGGUACGCUUUGUUUGUCUAAAGCGGCAUUCCUCGAAGGACGUCUCUUGCCUCUUCUCGCCGAAGUAAACGCUGUUACGACCCUGAUUCCGAAGUUUGCUGGCGUCAUUGAUGGUGACUGGCACUUCGAUCUGACAACCUGGAAGGAUGAUAUCUACCGUCAUGCGAAACUUUGCAACUGGAAGGAAAAACAGAAUGUUUCCAGCCAAUACCUGGAGUAUGUUUGGGAACAUCGUGAUGAAUGGAGUCAUGAACAUGAAGGCACGUAUAGCGACGAGAGAAACGGCGAAUACUCGUUGUCUUGCCGCACUAAGAACAAGCUUCACAUUCCCACUGUCUUCCGCGCAAACAGCCUCGAAAUUCAAUUGACGGGAGAAUCUAUUCUUAAGGUCGGCGGCAAGGAUGACAGUGGCAGAUGGAGCAAGCGUACAUCCGCCAAAUGGUCUGCGUCUAUCUUCAUAUAUUCAAGAGCGGGUGGCCUUGCUGUGGAGGUGUCGGGCCAGAUCAAACCCGUCUUUUCUGAGGAAGAGUCGGAAGGCCAAUGCGCCAUCGACGUCUCCGGUCUUCACUCCAAGUACCUUCCCUACAUUGUGCACCUGGACGAGGUUCUGGAGUCUUUAAAGAGUACCUUGGAAGGCGGAUGGGAAUUCGCUGCUCCAGGAGGCGAGUGCUACGCCUUGACCAACCCCGUCUUCACUCGCAAGGGCGACCUCGUCGUCCAACUCUGUGAAUACAAGGCUCCAUCUGGCUUCAUUUGCAGCCUGCCGCCCAGAAUCUCCUAUUCCCAACAAGUCACCACGAUCAACACUGCUUCCAAAGACAUCGACCAUAGUGAGAAGAUUGUGAAGGAUAUGCCGAAAAUUGGUCUUCCCCGUGCGCCUUUUGGGUUCGACCGCGACUUUAAUGCCUCCGUCUCCACCCUAGAUAGUCCUCCGUUGAAGACGCCUUCGCCUGACUUCAACCAGACGAGCUUGAACGUGGACGCCAAGCCUGCUGCAACGACCCUGGAGGUGAAUCCAGAGGCAUUGAUAUGAGGGAAUUGCCAUGCCUGACUGCGGACAUAUUUGUCUUGCACGCGAACAGACGUUGUGUUGCCUUUUCUGUAUAUCCUGCCAACAGACUUCGUGACAUUGGCAAGGGAUCCAUGUAGCAAAUACAAUACAGUUACAUCGAAGGUUCAUUAAUUUCAUCUCUCAUUUGGUGAAUACUGGACAAAAAAGAAUGAGACGUUGAGCCAUCCGCAUCGAAUGGUUUGAACUUACUCGAUACAACAUCUUCAUCUUGUACCAGAUGGCCGAGCCCAACCUUCUGAGCAUGUGGGUUGAACUUCGAAGAUUUACCCUGGCGAGGGGAGAUCAAAUCGAGGGCGAUCAUGGAAAGAGAAAGAAGACUCACCCAGACCAGUGCGUAACGAAGGUUCGCCGCGAGCGAUCGAUGAAUACCAUUACAUACGUCCUAUCUAGGGGUCAGCGUUGCCCUCGGCGGUGAUAUGGGUGAAAGGAUAGUGACCUCGAUGGUAGCCCCCUUUCGUAAGCACACAGGGUCAUGUAGAUCUGGAUGAGCACCUCUCUUUUUGGUGUAUAUUCGGACUAAACCCAGCUCAUCCCACAUGCGCUCAAUCAGGUAGUCCAAACUGAUGGAGAUGAGUACCAAAGUCCUGUGCACAAUAAUAGAAGUCUUGCUCACUUGAGGCCCAUCUC